AUGUCGACUGUGACGCGACGCCGACAUCGAAGAGAGCGCGUGUUCGCCCAGUACGCUGUUGUGAUGAUGGGACGGCAGCGUGUGUUCCGUGACCGCUUGAACCCUUUGGAGGAGUUCGAUGAGGACGAACUGCAGGAGCGCUUUCGAUUCGGUCGCGCGGGCAUUGUGUUCCUCGCCGACACACUGCGCCCGGACUUGGAGCGGCCGACGCGUCGCAGCCGCGCCCUCUCUGCAGAGCAGCAGGUCAUUGUCGCCUUCUACGCCACGGGGAACUUCCUCAUCACCGCAGGGGACUACAUCCGUGUGCACGUCUCCACUGCUUCGCGGACUGUGAGGCGGGUGACUCAGGCCUUGGCACGUCGUGCCCAAGACUUCAUAGGGUGGCCAGGUGAAGCUGAGGGUCAUGCCUUACAACAGGCCUUCUUUGAGAUCGGCAAGCUGGCCGAUGGCGUUUACGAGGGCCUACUGCUUGGAGACAGCGGCUACACCUGCAAGCCAUGGCUGAUGACGCCCUUCCUGUCUCCGUCAUCAGCAGCGGAGGUCGCCUACAAUGCGUCACAUAGCACAACGAGGAGCAUCGUGGAACGGACAAUAGGCCAGCUCAAGCGGAGAUUUCAUUGCCUCCAUGCUGAGCUGAGGAUGCAGCCAGAGAGAUGCUGCGACAUCACUGUUGCCUGCUGUGUCCUGCACAACCUGGCCAAGACAUACCCCUGCAGCAUGCCAAGGACUGUCCUCCCCGAAGAGGUUCCCGUCGAGCCCGUGGCAGCGGGCCGUGAUGAAAGCAACGAGGCUCGGGAUGCCAUCGUCAGCCAGUUCUUCGGUUGA